AGACCAAGGAGAUGAAUGUGGACUACAGGAAGUCACAGAGAGAGGGUCACGUUCCCAUUCACAUCAACGGAGAGAUAGUAGAGACAGUUAAGAGCUACAAGUUCCUUGGCAUUAACAUCUCUGAGGAUCUUUCCUGGAGCCUUCACUCAGAGACCAUAGUGAGAACAGCCCGUCAGCGUGUCUACUUCCUGCGGAGACUGAAGAGGUUUGGCAUCUCCUCUAACAUCAUGUCAAACCUUUACCGCUGCACUAUAGAGCAUUCUGACCAGCUGCAUCACUGUAUGGUACGGCAACUGCUCUUCCUUGGACUGCAAAGCUCUUCAGCGAGUGGUGAGAACAGCAGAGCUCAUCAUUGGACAUAAACUCCCAGCCUUACAGGACAUCUAUCAGACUCGCUGCUUGAGAAAGGCUCGCAGCAUCAUCAGGGACCGCACUCACCCUGCUCAUCACCUGUUUGCCACACUGCCAUCUGGCAGAUGUUUCCGAUCCAUCCGUUCACGGACAACCAGACUGAAGAACAGCUUCUAUCUUCAAGCCAUAAGACUACUUAACAAUCAGCUUUCCUCCAUCUAAAAAACGGAAUACAUGCUGCUCUUAUGUUUACUUCAUUGUACUUGCCUUGCACUGCCACUUUUUUUUUUUAAAUACUCCUUAAUGUUUCUCUGUGACACUCUACAAUGACUUUUGGACAUUGCUCUACUCAGGAAUACAUCUGAAUGUGUGCUGCUCUUAAGUUUAUUUAUUGCAUCUGCACUGCCACUUAAAUUUUCCUACAUGUAGCUCUACGUCACACUACAAAGACAUUUUAGACACCGUUCUACCUCAGCAAUCAUAAUACUACCUCAGGACUUCUUAUGUACUCUAUAUAUUCUAAACACUGAUUACCUUUAUUGUACCUGUUACUUCCACUUAUUUGCAUAUACUGCUCUGUCUAUGCCUUUCUGUCUAAGGGCACUGUAGUCACUCAAUCUCAGUGCUCUCCAUGUACGUCUAUGUCUUAUGUCUUGUUAUUGUCACUGUGUGUCUGAGCCUCGUCACAAGCAUUUCAAUGCCCAGUUUUCCCCAGUGUUAACUAUGCAAAUGACAAAUAAAUGCCUCUUGACUCUUGACUCUUGUAAUCUUGAGGGGUAGACUUGUUUAAAAUAAUGUAAUGCUAUCCAGUCCAAAUUAAUGCCACUUUUGAUCAUAUCAUGUUUGGCCCACUUAUUUUCAAAUAUACAACUAUAUUUCGGCCUCAUUUCUAACAUCUCAUUUUGUUUGUUCAGGUAUGGCCAUUUCUCUGGCAUUAAUCGCAAGGUUCAGUUAACAUAUCUCCCACAUGGCUCUCCUAAAACAUCCAGUGAAGAGGAAGACAUGCGGAGGGAUGAUCCAUCACUCCUGCUGGUUUUGAAGUGGGGAGGAGAGCUGACUCCAGCAGGCAGGGUACAGGCUGAAGAACUUGGCCGGGCCUUCAGGUGUAUGUACCCUGGAGGACAAGGCGAUUACGCUGGCUUUCCCGGCUGUGGCCUUCUCCGUCUGCACAGCACGUACAGGCAUGACCUGAAGAUAUACGCCUCUGAUGAAGGACGCGUUCAGAUGACUGCUGCAGCGUUUGCUAAAGGCCUGCUGGCAUUAGAGGGCGAGCUGACACCCAUCCUGGUGCAGAUGGUAAAGAGUGCCAAUAUGAAUGGGCUGCUGGACAGUGACAGCGACUCCUUAAGCAGCUGCCAACAGAAAGUCAAAGCACGACUUCAUGACAUUCUGCAGAAGGACAGAGAAUUCAUGCCUGAAGACUACGAGAAGCUGGUGCCCACCUCCGGCACAUCUCUGGUGAAGUCCAUGCAGAUGGUUAAAAACCCUGUGAAGACGUGUGAUAAGGUGUACUCCCUCAUCCAGAGCCUGACGCUGCAGAUCCGCCAGAGAAUGGAAGACCCCAAAUCUGCAGAUAUUCAGUUGUACCACAGUGAGACUCUUGAGCUGAUGCUGCGUCGGUGGUCUAAACUGGAGAAGGAUUUCAAGAUGAAGAACGGCCGAUACAACAUCAGCAAGAUCCCUGAUAUCUACGACUGCAUCAAAUAUGACGUGCAGCACAACAGCUUGUUAAAGCUGGACAACACCAUGGAAAUUUACCGUCUGUCCAAAGCCCUGGCAGACAUCGUCAUCCCACAGGAAUAUGGUAUUUCUCAAGCUGAGAAACUGGACAUAGCCAAAGGUUACUGUACACCUCUUAUUCGCAAGAUCCGCUCUGACCUACAGAGGACACAAGACGAUGACACUGUUAACAAACUGCACCCUGUAUAUUCCAGAGGUGUCAUGUCUCCAGAACGUCAUGUGCGGACCAGACUUUACUUCACCAGUGAGAGCCACGUUCACUCGCUGCUGUCUGUCUUGCGUUAUGGAGCCCUCUGUGAUGAGGCCAGAGAUGAUCAGUGGAAGAGAGCCAUGGACUACCUCAAAAUAGUCAGUGAGCUGAACUACAUGACACAGAUAGUCAUCAUGCUCUAUGAAGACCCAAACAAGGAUCCUUCAUCAGAGGAUCGUUUCCAUGUGGAGCUUCAUUUCAGUCCAGGAGCUAAAGGCUGUGAAGAAGAUAAAAACCUGCCGUCUGGAUUUGGAUAUAGACCGGCAUCCAGGGAGAAUGAAGGCUCUAAGAAGAAAUCCCAUAAUGACAGUGAUGAGGAGGCCGGUGGUGCUCGACGUGACGAGCCGGAUCGAGCUCUUAUGAUGUUCCGCCCCAUGGUGUCAGAUCCCAUCUACAUCCACAGGAAGUCCCCUCUUCCCCGCUCCAAAAAAAUCGGCUCUGUGGAAUCCCCAUUGCAGAAAGACUUUCUCAAGACGCCUGCUGGCAAAGAAGAGAGCCCCCUGAGUGUGUCUAGCCCUGACUCUUUAGGUACCUGGAUUCAUUACACCUGUGGUGUUGGUACUGGGCGUCGAAGACGCAAAUCAGGGGACCAAAUCACUUCCUCCCCAGUCUCCCCCAAAUCACUGGCUUUCACAUCCAGUAUUUUUGGCUCAUGGCAACAGGUUCUGUCAGAGAACAACAGCCACAGCAGGCCCAGCAGACUUCACCUGGAUCACAAGCUCAAUCCUGGAUUAGGGUCUCAUUGCGCUGGCUUGUUUAGCACCAUGGUGCUGGGUGGCUCCUCCAGUGCACCUAACCUACAAGAUUACGCUCACGCACACCGUAAAAAGCUGACCUCCUCUGGCUUCUUAGAUGAGGCUACACGUGGUUCUGCUGUAAAAAGGUUUUCUAUCUCAUUUGCGCGACACCCAACCAAUGUGUUUUCCAGUAUGUUCAGUGGUUUUGAGUUGUACUCCAUGGUUCCUUCAAUCUGUCCCCUGGAGACCCUCCAUAAUUCCCUGUCUCUCAAACAAGUGGAUGACUUCCUCGCCUCCAUAGCCAUAUCCCAUGAUCCUGUACUGGAUAUAUCUGCAUCCUCCCCAGCUGUGUCCACAAAGAAGGUUCCUUUGAACACUUACACUCCAGCAAAAGUUUUGCCCUGUCCUUUCACCCAGUCUCUUGGCAAGAAGACGUGCUCAAAAGAGAAGCAUGGAUCAGAUCAAGUUGAUUUUCCAGCCAGAAAACCCAGAGGGGUUUUAGCUGAUCUUUCAGAUCAUGGUGUGAGUAGCGGCAAAACCUCACAGCCAAGUUCAGAGACCAAGCAGCCCAAGCCUGCUCCCAACACUUCUAUCCUUCUGCCACCUCAAUCUCAUGACCCUGCCGUUAAAACCCAACAACAAUCCAGUGGCACAGCAGCACCUGAAACCCCUGCUCUAGAAAACAAGAGUGCUUCAAAAACAAUGUCCGGCUUUUACACAUGACAUCCAUCUGCAAACCCCGAACCAGAGCACAACUAAAAACACUGCUAUCAAAGCACACAAUGCCAAGCUCAUGGACAACUGAUGCAUACCUUAACUGGACCCAGUGAACUAAAAAAAGAGCAUGUUACGGGCCUUACUUCAUUACUUUUAGUGACAAGAAUUUGUCGUAAUUAGCUGUACCUUUAUUUGCAUUUAAAGGAACAUCUCACUGAAUGUUUGAUACCAAAACACAGUCCACCAAAAGAUAUUACAUUGUUGUAAUUACAAUCAUAUCGUAGGCUUAUUUAGCUUUUCCAUUCACCUUGAAUGGUUCAGAAGAAUGUGUUACAUUUAUCUUGUAUAUUUAAAUGUUAAAAUGGAAAAGCUCACAUAGAAUAAUUACUUGUCAUAGUAUGACAUGUUGCUGCAGCUGGUAUAUAAUUCUUUUGGAAUAUUUAUUGAAUGCAGCACUUUCUAGGGACUCAUCAAACAAGGUCCAAAGUAAUAUUUCUUAUUUAGAAUUAUAUUUUUAAUGUGUAGAUUAUAAUACAAUCAGACUGUGCACUUCUUUCCCUCCACUGCAGCUAACAUCUGCCUUUUAUGUUAACAAGUACUUUUCAAUCAAACUGAAAUUAAACAUGAAUGUUGUGAAAAUUGGGAA